GUGUAAUCGGAUAUGCAAACGAAUAGUCAAAUGACAUUAACAUUUCACCAAAAAUAUUCCAAAUUGACGUGCAAUCCUCACCAAUUACCCACCUAAAAUCCCUUCACAAAGAAAAAUAAAUGCAUUUGGCAACACCUUCAACGCCUCUACAAUGGCAAUUUAUCACCGGAAACUGUUAUCGGAACCAGAUUCCAACCAACCUAUCGACUGUUCCGCCUGUGGUUUAACCUGCCCAUACGACUGCGACUACGUAACAAUCUACUGGCCACCACAGCCACCACCGUCAUCAACCACCACUGACGACAGCUCCACCACCCAUAUCUCACCUUAUGUCAUCGUCAUAGUCGCCGUGAUUGCCAGUGCAAUUCUGUUUAUCAGCUACUACCUUAUCGUGAAAAGAUAUUGUGUUCGAUUCCGUCAACCCUAUCCCACCCAAGUCAACCAAGAAUCACGGGACUUUAUGAACGGAGAUCAUCAGCCGGAAAUUGAUCACCCCAUCUGGUACAUCAACACCAUCGGCCUCCAACCGGCGGUGAUCAGAUCGAUUGCGGUGGUGAAGUUUAAAAAAGGUGAGAGCUUGAUUGACGUCACGGAUUGCUCUGUUUGUUUGAGUGAGUUUGAAGAUGAUGAAUCUUUAAGGUUGUUGCCGAAAUGUAACCAUGCGUUUCAUAUACCUUGUAUUGAUACGUGGUUAAGAUCGCACACAAACUGUCCUCUUUGUCGAGCGGCUGUUUUGGCCAACAAUUCGAGUAAUAAUUCGCAAUCAAAUGAUCAAAAUGGAAAUCUUAUUCAUGGAUUUGGUUUGAAUCGAAAUACCCAGAUGGAAAAUGGUGAAAGCGAUGGUGAAUUGGGUUCAAUCGGUGUUGAAGAGAUUGGGAUUCGUGAAAACAUGAGAGAAACAGGGAAUAAUAGGGUUGAGGUUGAUGAUGGAAACAAGGAAAUUCAAGAUUCAAAAAUUGAGAUUGAGACUAUGAGUACACUAAGAAGAGCGUUUUCUAUGGAUUCAACUGCUGAAAUUGUACAUAUGGAAUUGAAUUCGAGUAAUUCAAGUAACGAGAUGCAGAGUUCAAACCAUAUAAGAGAUUCAAGAACACGAAACAUGAUGACGAUGAGAUCAUUUUCAUAUGGUGGGAGAUCGAUCAUGUAAUUCGAAAAUUUAUAACAGUUUGAUAUAUUUUUUUUUUUACAGCCAAGGUUAGGCUUUUGAUUUUUGUGAGCAAUCUCCUUCAAGGAUACUGAGAAAAUGCUCAAAAGAAUAAAGUUUCGUGAUGUUUCUAGAUGGAAAAUUGGAAAUAUGAUAAUGUGUAUAAAUAUUUUUCAAGAAAUAUAUACUUCAAAACUUUGAACUU